AUGAAUUCAACAUACAUUCCCAAAAUUAUCGAACUAGAUUCAAUCGAAAAACUACCUUUCCGUCUGUUUCUUCUAUUCCUUGUCGUAUUCCUACUACUGAACUGCCUAAUAUCACCACUUUAUGUAUUUGUCAACAAAACGAAUCGCCCUAGAGAUAAAACGAUGCUUCUAUACCCAACGACGAAUCAUUUUUAUGAAAUGACGAAGAAGUCAUUUUUCACAUUUUUCGGACUGCUUUUCGUGAUAUUUUGUGCACUUUUGCCAGAGCAUUUUCUUCCAGGAGACGGCUAUGAGAAAAAAUUGUUGCUUUUAAUUACAAUGGCCAUAACCCCAAUAUGCAUCUAUACUCAGUACAUCAUAACCCAAGUUUUCCACCUGAUAACAUUAAUUCUGUCCCUGGAAAGAUUCAUUGUGUAUUUCUUCCCAGAUUCUGAAAAAUCUGUAAACACCGUGCAAAAAGUCGUUUUUCAACAUAUUUAUAUAGUUUACGGCGCUUUUAUUGGCAAGGACGCCGGUUUGCUGCUUUUCUUGUUUGCUUGGAAAAAGUUAGACGGGGAAGCGAUUUUGUUAAUAUAUUCGAUUUUGUAUAUAGUGAUCAACAGCUGUGUGAUUUUGUCUGGCGUACUGUACAUUCCAAUAAUGAUCAGUGUACGGAAAUUAUCAAAUUUAGCUUCAGCUCAGGAGAAUACGCCGCAAAAUUACAUAUUUUUGCAGACUAUCGCUGUGAUUGUGUUCAAGUUUAUUGGAUUAUUCCCAGUUAUACUUCUUGCAUAUGAAUUUACUAAAGAAGUAGUUAUGCUUUGUAUUGUUUUAAUAGCAUUCCUAGAUUUAGUGGGAACACCUUUGAUGAUCCAAUUGUCGUAUUUGGGAUGUAACAAGCGAAAUGUUAAGGUUAUGUUGUCUUCAUUUGAUUUGAAGAGAUUUUUGAUAACUAUACUGACGAAUUAUUACGAAUCUAAUGCUGUUCAUCCGCAGAAUUGA